AGAAUCGCUUUUGUGCGCAGAGCUGUGCAGACCACCCUAAAUAUCCACAUUGCUCCAAAAACCGAGGAAUACUAAUAUGUCAUCCGCUUGAAGGACUUGUCAGCACACCGGAUUGUUUUGUCAUCUGGCUUUUUAGCAAAUAAUUAAGCUGUGUUUGCUUAUCUAGAAGUAACGAAAACGACCCACUAACGAGUUAGACCAGAAAGACCACGAACUCAGGUGCUUUGCAAGACAAGUACGCAGUUCAGCUCAGGAAUUUUAAAGGAUUUACAUAAACUGCUGGAAAGAGACCGUAAAGAAGACUUCAGUGGAUUCCGUUUGCUGCUUCCUAAAUGACUUUUGUGACAGGAAUCAAAGUUCUCAUUGGUGGCCAGUAACAAGCAGACAUCAUUUCAGUGGCAGGAAGCAGAUGACCAUGCUGGUUGACAGUCUACAGUCGUUCUGGGUCAUUCUGCCCCUCCUGGCGGUCUUGGUCAUGAGUUCGCAAAGUGAGCCUAUCUCCGCCCCUCGGGUUUUUCUGUCCUUCAAAGACCUGAGGGCCACAGGGUCGGCCCAGCACUUCACCUACCUGCUCAACAGCACCGACUACCGCAUCCUGCGCAUGGACGAGGACCACGACCGCAUGUACGUGGGCAGCAAGGACUUCAUCCUGUCCCUGGACCUACACGACAUCAACAAGGAGCCUCUCAUUAUGCACUGGCCCGUGUCCCAGCAGAGGAAGACAGAGUGUGUUCUGUCUGGGAAAGACACCAACGGGGAAUGUGGCAACUUCAUACGUCUGAUUGAGCCCUGGAAUCGCACCCACCUCUACGUGUGUGGUACCGGGGCCUACAAUCCUGUGUGCACCUAUGUCAGCCGAGGACACAAGCCUCAGACCGCCAUGCACCUGCAGAUGCCCCAAACCAGCGGGAGGGCGAGUCGCGCCGCCGACUUCAGCGCUACCACCCAGCCAAUGGGCCUGCAGGAAUACAUAUUCCAGCUAGAGGCUGACAAACUGGAUUCUGGGAAAGGGAAGUGCUCUUACGACCCCAAACUCAACAGCGUCUCUGCCUUGAUCAAUGGUGAGCUGUAUGCCGGUGUCUACAUCGACUUCAUGGGGACUGAUUCUGCCAUUUUUCGGACUCUCGGACAGCAGACCGCCAUGCGUACAGACCAGUACAACUCAAGAUGGCUAAAUGACCCCUCGUUCGUCCACGUGCACCUCAUCCCCGACAGUGCGGAACGAAAUGACGACAAGCUUUACUUCUUCUUCCGUGAGAAGUCAUCUGAGGUCGGCCAGAGUCCAGUGACUCAGUCCCGCAUCGGACGGAUCUGCCUGAAUGACGAUGGGGGCCACUGCUGUCUGGUCAAUAAAUGGAGCACCUUUCUGAAAGCACGGCUCAUCUGCUCCGUGCCGGGGAGCGACGGCAUUGAGACACACUUCGAUGAGCUCCGGGACGUGUACAUACAGCAGACGCAGGAUACGAAGAACCCAGUCAUCUAUGGGGUGUUCUCUGUCUCAGGAUCUGUGUUCAAGGGAUCAGCAGUGUGUGUCUACUCCAUGGCUGACAUCCGCAUGGUCUUCAACGGGCCUUUUGCUCACAAGGAAGGGCCCAACUACCAGUGGGUGGCCUACACUGGGAAGAUACCUUAUCCAAGACCUGGAACGUGCCCUGGGGGUACUUUCACUCCCAACAUGAAGUCCACCAAGGAUUAUCCCGACGAAGUCAUCAAUUUCAUGCGGAACCAUCCUGCCAUGUACAAUGCCGUCUAUCCAAUACACAAGCGCCCCCUGGUGGUGCGAACCAAUGUGGACUACGAGUUCACUACCAUCACAGUGGACCAGGUGACCGCUGCGGACGGAAGCUAUGAGGUGCUCUUCCUGGGCACAGACCGUGGAACCGUGCAGAAGGUGAUCGUCCUGCCCAGGGACGACCUGCAGACAGAGGAGCUGUUGCUGGAGGAGGUUGAGGUGUUCAAAGUUCCCACUCCAAUAACAACAAUGAAAAUCUCAUCUAAAAGGCAACAGUUAUAUGUCACCUCAGUGGUGGGCGUGACUCACCUGGCCCUACAUCGCUGUGACAUGUAUGGUGAGGCAUGCGCUGACUGCUGCCUGGCCCGCGACCCCUACUGCGCCUGGGAUGGAAAGUCCUGCUCUCGGUACUUGGCGUCGCAGAAAAGACGCAGCCGGCGGCAGGAUGUGAAGUAUGGUAACCCAAUCCGACAGUGCCGGGGCUACAACUCCAAUGCCAAUAAGAACACUCCGGAGGUGGUGCAGUAUGGGGUGGAGGGAAGCAGCACCUUUCUAGAGUGCCAGGCCAAGUCUCCGCAUGCGUCCGUCAAGUGGCACUUACAGAAGGACAACAGUGACAGGAAGAAGGAGAUGCGUUCAGAUGGACGAGUGCUGAAGACUGAGCAGGGCCUGCUGCUUCGAUCCCUUCAGCUGUCUGAUUCUGGAACGUACCAUUGCACGGCCACAGAAAAGAACUUCAAACAUACCCUGCUGAAGCUGCAGCUGGUGGUACUGUCCGGCCGGGCAGUCAACAGCGCUUUGGCGGAGAGCGGGGUGCCCAUGCCCCUCCAGCCCAGUCCCUGGACGCCUAGUGUAGGCCAGUAUAAGGACCUCCUGACCAUCCUCAGUCAACCUGAGAUGGGCCUCAUCAAUCAGUACUGCCAGGACUACUGGCAGCUGGGUAACAACGGGCACAAGGACCCCAUGAUGGCUGCCAUUAAAGGGAAAGACCUGAAGGAGCUCCAGGAGCAGAAGAAGCCUCGCAACCGCCGGAAUCAUGACGGGCAAACAGAAAGCCAGGAGACAUGAGCCCCGGCACUCGAAUGGGAAACGGGAAAGACUCUGAGGGAAUCCGAGGGAGCGAGAAAAUAACAUAAAUAAACAGAAGCUCAUUUUAACAAUUAAAAAAAAUACACAAUAUUUAUUGUAGGUUGUACAUAGUAUCAUUCUGUGGAUUUCUUCGUACUUAAGUAGCCAGGACAGCUCUUUGUGUAUAGGUAUGUUCUGGGAAAAUUAUUAAUUUUAUUGUUAUUGUUAUUAUGAGACAUCUUUAUUUUACAUCUUUUAAAGCAUCGUCUGACAGCUGCAGCACUGUUGCAUUAAAAGGGUACACUGACCUUUACACUCACUAGCAGAAGAGUGCACCGAAGUGAGUUGCUUGGAACAGGGAACAUAAAUGGAAGGUCACAAUACAUAUUUGCUGGAGUGCUGUCAUGGAGUGAUUCAUUAUCCGGAAAGCCCCAGGGCUGUGGACGGUGAGAGGUACCCCGCCUGGACCAGGCAGAGACUGCGAGGUUGCGGGGGGUCAGCAGACAUGGCCAGCCAAGGGACUUCUGGCAGCAGAACAAACUCCAUGUCUGCGUUUCAGCGUCUUAAACAGCAACCAAAAUCCUGCCGGGUUUACAGAUUUUACCCUUUUUUUUUUUUUUCCUCCUUCCACAAAAUCGCCAGCAUCUCCAUCUCUUCUGCCUCCGUUGUGCCUUUGCGUUUCGUCGUCCUUUGUGGAAUUUGUUACUUUCAUGUUUGUGGACUCCGUCUCUUCGUGAACUGCAAUGAAUGCAUCGCAACGCGUGUAUAUUUCUUCUGAAUAUUACCUUUGAGACCAAGAGGGCUGCAUUCAGUUUAAUGUCCUUCUCAUAUUUGUUAGAUGGGGAUCGCAUAAAAAUGGUUGACAGGUAAACGGGACAAAUAAAAUGUGUGAAACAUCAAUCAUUUGAUUCGUAAACAUCGUAAAGUCAGUAAAUAGGACUUGACCAUUUAUGUUGUGGCACAUUCUCCAGAUGUUUUUUAAACAGCAGUCUUCAGUAACGAUUCCUCCAGAGGAGAACAUGCAAGUUUUUUAAUGUGCAAUGGGAAGGGACUACAUAUCCCAUGAUGCCCCACAGGGGUAUGACCACAGUAAAAUGUGGAUGUUCUUCAGCCACUGGGCUGUCUCAGAUGAGUGGUCUGAGCUGGGAUAGCUCAGACAUCUUCCAGAUGCCAUCUUCCAUUUGCGCUUUGGUUUAAUUCCUGGCUCCAAAUGUGUCAAUGUAGAUACACACACCGGACCGUCUCAGCAGACUGUGAAGUAUACCAAAACUGGCAAGCUGUCUUUGUUUUGUGCAUGAAAAAUGGAUGUGUACUGUAUUUUUAGCCAAACGAAAAGCUUGAGUUGUUUUUCAUUUGACAACCGAAUCACAGAAAUGGAACACAUUGUUCCUUUAGAUGACUCCAGACCUGAGGAACAAACAAGAGGAGUGAAACGCACUUCAGAGGAGAGGCAUGAAUUGUCUCAGAGUUACAAGCAGUUCUCUCUCUCACAGCCCAAUUUCCACUUCGGUGCGGGAGGCCAGCAGUAACUGACUGCCCGCGCUGCUCCUUCCUCCUCAUGGUUGAACAGGGACACUCCACAUAAGGCUGUAAAAUUUCUUGGCAUUUUUAAAUGUGUAUGUUUAAGGUUGUUUUUCAGUUGAAUCGGUUCAUUGAGAGAAAACUAUUGCUCAAAGCACAGGUGACGUUGUAAGACAUGACUUCCUUUCUUUUUGAUGUUGAUGUUGCUGACUAAUAAAUUAAAGCUCUAUAUUUUAUAAAAA